ACGAGCCAAGUAGGAGUGUGCGCGCUGGCAUAAAAUGAAGCGGUGUAUGGUAGCGGUGUCCUUAGCGUUUUUGAUCUAGUGAUUUGUUAUUGUAUCCCGCAUUUCCUACUGCGGCGUACUGUCGGUGACCAGGGCAUUCGUAGCGUUACAAAGUCGGCGAAAUCCAGGAUAACGAUUCCACUGCCCUUCCGUGUGCGUCUUGCGGUGACGUAGUGGUCCGCCGUCGUCGCCAGCAAUGGGCAAGAAGCGUUCCAGGCCCGAGCCCGAAAAGAAGGACGACGAAUCCGACCGGCCCAGUACCUCGAAGGAGCCGUCGACAAGCUCCAAGCAACAGUCCGUCCAGCAGCAGUCGCAGCAGCAGUCGCAGUCUGCGGCUUCAUCCUCGACCAAAAGCAAGCCGCGCGUUUGGAAAAGCCUGAAGCAGGUAGUGACGGCGGAGCGCCUGCAACCCGGAGCGUACGCAGCGCUCGAGGCAGCGCCGUCGUUGCGUCCCUGGCGCAAGUACUCGGACAUGACUGGCCUGGUGGCGCCGUACACGGACCCGAAGACCAAGCUGCGCUACGCAAACCGUCACGAGUACGCGCGGCUGCGACUGCUCACCGCCGAUCAGGUCAACGGUUAUUUGGUGCUCAGGAGAGCUGCUCUGCCUGUCACGUAGGCUGACGUAACUGCCCAUUCACCGUGCCGAUUUCCCGUGGUUUGACAUCGAACCUGUGUUCCACCGUUCGCCCGUAGAAAACGCUUGGUUUAUCCGAAUGACCUGACAUGAAAUCCGACGGAGUAGACGUUCACGGUGCGUCGACUUGUGCGAAGCUGUCAUUUUGUUAUAAAGCCGUGCUUCAUCUGACCGUGAGCAGCCUGGUGGCGUGCCCUGCCUUCUGGUAAUCGAUAUAAAGCGUUUCGCCGUUUUGCACUAUAAGAACUUUGCAACAACUUGCCUCCGCCCUACUCGCAGUGUGUGCUUGGUCACCCCUGAUCACGGCACGAGUAAACAGAGGAUGUAAUGUACAUGUAGUGCAAAAGAACAAGACUCACGCGGAGAAUGCGUAGAAGGACUAACGCUAAGCUGUUCUUCUCUGUCCCUUGUUCUGUGCUGUUUUCGUACAGUCCAUGUAAGAAUGCCAUCCAGCCCGCCCACCAAUAUUAGGAACACUUGGGUCUUAUUCAGUUGACAGAAUCGCUUCACCGUGUUAUGCUGUAUAUGUGGACAUUUGAAGUAUAGUAACUUGUAGGCUUUUUAUGUACUUAUGUGCCCAAUUCAAUGCAUUUUGGACAGUCGUUUGCAGUGGCCAAUACCAUGCAAGAUCAGCUCAUUUCUUUCAUUGCUGAACAUAUUCUUUCAUGUUCCUUGCUGUGAGAACUAAGAUAGGGUUCCGUGCCUGGCUCACCUGGUGGAAUGCUUGUAAGCGGCCAGCACUGCAAAUAAACUUACCUUCAUGAUGUGUCAAAAGAUGCGCGAGAGAAGUGUCCCAACAUUACGUACUGUAUAUGGUCCUUUUCCAAAUGUAUCGGCCACGGUAGCUUAGUGACAACACCAGUUGCGCUGCUGAGCUUAAUUAAGGUCAUGGGUUGAAUCGUGACGGCAUUUCAAUGGGGGCGAAAUGAAAAGAUGCUCGUGUACUUAGUUUUAAUCUGAAGUCUCCCACUAUGGCAUGCCUCAUAAUUGGAUCAUGGUUUAGGCAUGUAAAGUCCCAGAAUUAACCUUUAACGGCCAGCAAAAAAUCGAGAAAUGCAUUCAGAAAAUGACAUUUUGUUUUAUUACACAUCUGGAUGGCAAAUUGUUUGCAGAUUCAAAGUAUAUAUGACAUGGGGGUAGCGAAUUCACAACUUGUGUCUGAAAAUGAGCAUAUUUAGAACCAGGAGGCGCUGGCGGUAGGUUCUGUCCAUCUAACUUCGUUCACUGCUGCGCCGUGUCAAAACUAUCCUUUCACUAUAUGUGUCAAUAGCACAGAAAACAUUGCAAUCGCUGUCAGUGCUUUCAUGCUGAAGCAAAUCAUCAUGACUCAACCAAAUGAAAGCUCUGCUUUCGUGACGGGCGCGGCAACACACGACUGGCAGUAACAAUUUUUUACGUCUCUCUAGGACAAACAUAGACGAAUGGAUCCAGUAGGCCCGUGACUGACCAGAGGGAACUUGCUAAAACGUCAAAUGGAUUGGAGCAGCCCCGCCUGUUGUUGGCACUUGGAAAGAGCAUCCAAACCAUUGGACGAUUGCAAGAAAAAUUGUAACCGAAGGAAGACUCGUCCUCGGUACUUAAAUGAUUCAUUAAAAGCCAGAUGUAUCAUUUUCUUAACUGCGCUGUACUGUACACACAAAGGACAAAAUAAAGGAAACACACACA